CAAGAGGGCAAACUCGCUCUCUGGUGGGUUUUACUCCUCAUUGCGUGCAGCUCAGUGCGAUUUAAAGCCAACUUUCUCGGCGACACGGCUGUCGUCCUCCGCCAGGCUGAAGGUGUGUGGAGCACCUCUGAUAGAAAGUAGGACCGCGUUGGGCGGAAGGAGAACAGCAGAGUUUUGGGAAUAAAACCUAACCAGAGCAGGGCAGCGACCCCGUUCCCUCCUCCACUGUGUCCUGCUGUCGGCAGCCCUUCCUCCCGCGGCUCUGUAGGACAUUCAGCGUCUGCCCUUCCUUCCGUGGACUGGCUGAGUGGAAGCAGUGGAGCUGGAGCAACCUGUUGUUGUGAAGCAUGUUCACAGCAGUGCUGGUUGCCCUGGUGAUUGGAGGAUUGAUUAUCUUCCUGGUUCAGAGGAGAAGGAACCAGGUUCUAAAGACAGAGGAUGGCUGGUGGGGGUCUGGGGCGCCCCCUGGUGCUGAGGAAGACAUCACCGUCCGCUCCUUUAAAGUAACCACAAGCGAUGAGGAGCUGGAGGACCUGUACAGGAGGAUAGACCAGACCCGUCCUGUUUCCUCACUGGAGGACAGCCAGUUUCAUUAUGGCUUCAACUCCCACUACCUUCAGAGGGUGGUCUCUUACUGGAGAAAUGACUUUGACUGGAGGAGGCAAGUGGACAAACUUAACCAGUACCCACAUUUUAAAACCAGCAUUGAAGGCAUUGAUGUUCAUUAUGUACAUGUGAAGCCCAAGAGAGUGCCUGAGGGGACAAGCGCUAUUCCCCUCAUAAUGGUCCAUGGCUGGCCGGGCUCAUUCUAUGAGUUCUAUGGGCUGAUCCCCCUGUUGACUGAGCCUUCAGAUCCAGGCGAUCUUGUGUUUGAGGUGGUGUGUCCCUCCAUUCCAGGCUACGGCUUCUCUGAAGCACCACGGAAGAAAGGUUUCGAUUCAGUCUGUGCUGCAAGGAUCUUCCACAAGCUGAUGAAACGUCUGGGCUUCCAGCAGUUCUACGCCCAUGGAGGAGACUGGGGCUGGCUGGUCACCACUAACAUGGCUCAGCUGGAGCCCAAAACUGUUAAAGGCUUGCACGUAAACUUUGCACCUCCUUCCAAGCCGGGGCUGCAAAUGGUUUUGUCCAUCAUGCUCGGCCGCCGCUUCCCUAAACUUUUUGGAUUCACUGAUAUGGACGUUGAGAGGCUCUAUCCUUGCAUGGAGAAACUAGUGGUGGAAUCCAUCAAAGAGUCCGGCUACAUGCACAUCCAGGCAACCAAACCCGACACAGCAGGCCGCGGUCUGAAUGACUCUCCUGUCGGUCUGGCCGCCUACAUCCUGGAGAAGUUUUCCACAUGGACAGAUCAUGACUUCAGGAACCUGGACGACGGAGGACUCACCAGGAAGUUCUCUCUGGACGACCUGCUCACCAACGUUAUGAUCUACUGGACUUCAGGCUGCAUCAUUUCUUCAAUGAGGUUCUACAAGGAAAACUUUGGCAAAGGCCUGGACGCACCCCACGCUAAGAUACCAGUCUACGUUCCCACCGGCUUCGCCUGCUUCCCCAACGAGCUGAUGCACACACCCAAGCUUUGGGUCAAACAGAAAUACCGCAACCUCGUCAGCUUCUCUCCUAUGCAGCAUGGAGGCCAUUUUGCUGCCAUGGAAGAGCCCCAGCUGAUGGCAGAGGACAUCCAGAAGUUCACAAAAACAAUGGAGAAGAAGAUGAAGCAGUAGAAGGUUGAUGGAUAAGUUGGAAAAUGUUUACUCCUGCAUUUGGGCAGGAGAGAGGGGAAAUGUGUCUGUCCUGUUCUUCCUGCUUGUCAUGGAUUUAUGCUCUUCAGGAAUCAGAACAUGUUAGUGGAGUACAACAAAUUAUAUUUUGGGGAUGUAAUAUUCAAAUAGCCACACUCAUCAUACAUGUAGUUGACAAAUGAAAGCAAGUGGAUAAGCACAGACACAGCUGUGAUUUACACACACUAGCACUCUAUGAUUCUACACUGUGAGGUCAGUUUCUUCGUGAUGUUUAUAUCACACAGCAGGAAUGUUGUUUCUUUAUAGAGAAAGCCUGUCCUAAUGGAGCCUGUACCAUCAUACGCUCAAAGAUAAUAGAAAAUGUUGUAUAAAUAAUUUCUCUCUGAA